UUUCAGGUUUUGUCGUCCUUCGACAGAUUAGCGCCCUACCCAUCGUCCUCAGUCCUCACUGAUCGCUGCUCUCAAGCCCUCCGCUUCUCAGCAUCCACGAUUGGAUUUUCUCCGGCGACUUUUCAAAAAUAUUCUCCGAAAUACUCCGAUUGGUGUCUGACGACCACUACCUGCUUCUGGAUCAAAUUUCCCUUCAAAAUUCUCUAAAAAUGAAUGAAGAAGGGAAGGGUAAGGCCGUCGCUUUUUCUGGAGAUCAACAGCCGCAGACUACCACCGAUGUUCCUCAACUGAUGCCGCCGCUCGUCACGAACGCCAAUCUUCAAACCCUUCCAGAAAAGAAUGCUAGAGUUGAUGCUGUAUGGCAGCAGAUGAAAAAGGGAAUUUCCACAGAGAAGCUGAAUUCCAUUAUUAAGAAGUCUACCUCAAAUUUAAAAGGAACUUCAUCUAAGCCUUCUUCAAAAUCAUCUUCUUCUAGUUGGAUGACAGUUCUUGGGCUUGGACCAAAGAAGAGUUUACCUGUCCAAUCCAUACCAAGUUUAAAGCCAGAUGAUAGAAGAGACAGUGUUGGUGAAGAGGCUUUAAAGGUUGCAGCUGCUGCCCUUUCUGCUGUCAAGGAAGCAGCAUCCAUGGCUGCUGUUUCAGGAAGGGGGAAAAUUGAGGUGAGAGAAGUGAGGGACUUUGCAGGGGAAUCCAUUGAAGUAAAGAAGCUAGUUGAUGCCAAUAUGAAAGAAGCAUCCGAAAAAGAAAAAGGCGCAGGAGGGGGUAGUGCAGUUGAUGCGAUUCUUGAGCAAAUUAGGAAAAAACCAAAACUAAGUGUCCUUGAUAAGACGAAGAAGGACUGGGGGGAGUUUAAGGAAGAAAACCGGUUGGAUGAGGAGCUGGAAACUUACAAGAAGAGUGGAAAUCAGUAUCUAGAUAAAGUUUCCUUCUUGCAGCGUGCAGAUUAUCGUGAAUUUGAGAGGGAGAGAGAUGCACGCCUAGCUGUGCAGGCAAAGAGGAAGUCCGAUAUGCGAGAAGACUGACUGAUAAAUACCAAACGUUAUUCUAAAUCUUUUUCAUUUUGCUGUUGGGAUUGAAGGGAUCUGGUAGCUCGGCUCUGGCUUUGGCUUCUGAAACAGAGGACUUAUCCGGCUGGCGCUAUAAAAUGUUUUAUAGUUCCAUUUAUGUUUCUAGAGAGGUUAAAACAAAGCAGAUAUUGUUUGACAUAUUUCCAACCACCCAUCAGCCUUGGAAGAGCAAGAAAAUGUUUCCUCUGCGCUUUGUUCUUGUCUUUUUGGUUUCAUAUUUGUGUAGCAUGCUGUUUUAUCUAUCUAGCAGGUCAGGGAUGAUUGGAAUAAUUGCUAAAGACGGCCUAUGAAGGUUGCAUUGUGGCGGUUAAUGUAAGGGAAGACGGGCUGGUCCUAACAAGACAACAGACCAUUAGGUAAAUCAAAUCUA